GUUCCCCGCGGCCCGGAUCUUGCCCACUUCUCCAUGCUUAAAUACCCUUGUACCCCAGCUUGAUGCACAAAUUCUCCACUUUCCCCGUUCUCCUCCCAAUUCUUACCUAGCAUUUCGAAAUGGUCAAGAUCACCUCCUUCGAGAUCCACGAUGUGCGAUUCCCCACAUCGCUGACAGGAGAUGGAACGGAUGCGAUGAACACCGAAUGCGAUUACUCGUCUGCCUACGUCUCCCUGUUCACCGACUCUGAUCUCGUCGGGCACGGCAUGACCUUCACCAUCGGUCGCGGCAACGAUAUCGUCUGCACCGCGAUCAAGGAGGUAGCGAACCGUCUCGUUGGUAAAGACAUCGAGUCCUUGUUCUCUAACAUGGGUGAGACGUGGGCGUUCAUGCUGAGCGACCCUCAAUUGCGUUGGAUUGGACCUGAGAAGGGUGUCAUCCACAUUGCGUCGGGUGCGGUGAACAACGCUCUGUGGGAUAUGUACGCUCGGUCGCGCAACAAGCCGCUCUGGAAGCUGGUUGUCGACUUCACGCCCGAGGAGCUUGUCAGCGCCGCUGCAUUCCGAUACAUCACCGAUGCCAUCACAAAAGAGGAGGCCUUGGCGAUGCUCAAGGAGCGCGAAGCCGGAAAGAAGGAGCGUGAAGCUAAGGUUCGGGAACUUGGAUACCCUGCAUACGUGACUUCCGCCGGAUGGCUUGGAUACACCGAUGAGAAAGUGGCUCGUCUGACCAAGGAGGCCGUCGCUGCCGGCUUCAACCACUUCAAGAUGAAAGUCGGUGCCGAUCAGGCCAACGAUCUGCGUCGCGGAAAGAUCAUCCGGUCUAUUAUCGACGACCCUCAGUACUUGCCUGCGGGCCACACUCCCCUUGAUCCCAACAGCGAGGCUCUGCGCGGGAAGAACGCCGGUCCGCUGGGUGCUGUCCUCAUGAUCGAUGCGAACCAGGUCUGGGAUGUGAACCAGGCCAUUGACUACGUCAAGGGACUGGCUGAAAUCAAGCCCUGGUUCAUCGAAGAGCCCACUGCACCUGAUGACAUUCUCGGUCACGCUGCGAUCCGCAAAGCACUCAAGCCCCACGGGAUCGGUGUUGCCACCGGCGAGCACGCCCACAACCGGAUGGUCUUCAAGCAGCUCUUGCAAGCCGAGGCCAUCGAUGUUGUGCAGAUUGACUCGUGCCGUCUCGCUGGUGUCAGUGAGGUGCUCAGUGUGUUGCUGAUGGCCGCCAAGUUUGGUGUACCAGUGUGCCCCCAUGCUGGUGGUGUGGGUCUAUGCGAGUAUGUCAUCCACUUGAGUUUGAUCGACUACAUUGCUGUUUCUGGCACGAUGGAACGCAAUGUGCUCGAGUUUGUCGACCACCUGCACGAACACUUCUUGUACCCGUGCUCGAUUAACUCGAACGGGCGGUACAAUGUGCCCGGUAACGCAUCGGAGGGCUACAGCAUCGAGAUGCACAAGUCAAGUAUUGCUGAAUUCGAGUGGCCUCACGGAUCUUAUUGGGUUGGUGCGCGCAGCAAGGCUGCCUAAGCAAAACAUAAUCAUUGUGUACUUUUUAUCCACUAUCCUAUAUAGAACGAUGGAAGUUGUAUUCUAAUCCACCAAAAAGAUCGAGUCCAGGACAGAGAAUCCAGUCGCAACGCCGCCCUCGUUGCUGUCCUUGCCUUUCGUCCGAACCAGCCAUCCAACGUCCUUCUCCUCGAUCUUUCCGUCUGAGCCUCCAAAUAACGCCCAUCCGAAGAUUCCCAGCUCGCUGACCACAUCGGUUCUCACUGCCCCACCCUCGCCCCCGCCCGCUCGCACCAGAUAGCCCCCGACAUCGGGCGGGCGGAUCAGUUGCAUCGCAAUCCACGCCUGUCGUUCAGGAGCCGGGAGUGCGUCAAGAAAAGCCGGAAUCGCCUCCUUGUACACAUUGUUCCCUCCGCCCUCACGUUGAGGCUUGAGCACCAGCAUCCCCCACAUCUCCAUCCAGCUGUUGCGCAUCUCGUCGAUGGCUGCGGAACUGACUACGCCCCCCAAAAAGCGCUCGGCGACGCCCGGCUGGGCGAGCACCUGCUGCACUUUCUUUCCACCCGCAAGCUGCAGAGCGAUCGACGGGCAUUUGACAGCUUUGGAGCUCUCAAUCAGGAAGCGCGUCGUGUACUGCUGGGCGGACGGAUAGUCGGUCGGCGUGUACCCUGCCCGGAAAUACACAACCGAUAUCUCUGAGCCGAGUACAGUGAGCACGCGUGAUGCAGAUUCGACUGAGGCGUUGGAUGAGAGCUCGUCGAAUGUUUGUCGAACGACGUGGAUUGAAUGCCUGAUGAUGUGGUCAGCCUCGCCUCCAAGAGUAUAUGUGCGGACCUCUCGAGUAGCUCGUAUUCUAAGAAUCGCUGAUCGAAGACGUUCCGCUCUCCGGGCUGAACGACGAAUAAGAUCCGGGAACUAUCCAGCAGGUAUUAGCAUGGAGUGGAGGUUCUAACGCUAGAACAUGCCUUUCGACUCCAUAGGCAGCAUGAGCUGCGGCAAGACCUUCGACGAGACCCGUCGUCGUCGUAUUUGCCGGGAAGUCCUCCGUUUUCAUACCCGGGUGUAGGUCAUAAUAUGAGGUAGUCGCAUGCAGAUAUCUGGACAGUAUGAGCUGAAAACCGCGUGCAAUGGGAUUCCCCAAACCGGUGUAACGCCGCCGUGCGCUCAGAAAGGGCACCGAAAGAGGAUGAGAUCGUAUUGAACUCGACUUGCUUCAGCUCCAAAGGAGACUCGGGAGCAGUGCAAUGCAGCAAGUAGUCUGAGCGGAACAACCCAAGAUGCAGCGGCUGAUCGCAGCCAAGUUCAGUGGUCAUCUCCGGCCAGAUUGAUCCCUCACCUGCACGAGGCCGCCCUCAUCGCGGAGCUUCUUCCAGCCCGUCCACAACUGCCCCACGAAAUCAUCGACCUUGCCCACACCGUCCACCGCACCCAUGACCCGAUCCAGGAACUCCUCGUCCAUCGCGAUGCGCGCGUAGAGAAUGUUGUACGUGCUUUGCAGCCGCCGGGCAUGAUUGUAGAGACUGCGGGGAAAGGGUGACGGGAAGAGCGCCAGCGGCGCGUGGAUCGCUGAGUUCGGGAUCGCAGGCUGCGGGACAGAUGCCGGCAGAUACAGCAGGCCAUGCGAAAGAGCAUACGACGUUGCGUACAGCGUCAAGGCCGCAGCUUGCUCAUCUGAUAGUGCAGGCGGCCAGUCAGAGAAAGAAAAUGGGUUCGAGGCGGCCAUCAGCUUCAAGGUAGUGCAGUGAAUAAGGGCAGGCUGGGAUCGAAACAGAUGAUAAAUCCACUAGCUGAGUUCAGAUAAGAUAAUCCUUAUCCGCAUGAUCACAAAGCGUGUUCCUUCUCUGACGUGAUGCCAUCCGAGUAGAACGGUCAAGCGCUCGCUCAGGCAGAUUGCAAAUACCAUCUUGAAGGCAUCAGUUUGCCCCAGCUCUGACAGAAACUUCAACGCGCAACAGCUGCUAAGCAACCUAUGGCCUCCCACUUGCACCCCCGCAGAACGCUCAAGCUGCUUCAGCUCGAGCGCCACCUCAGCCGCGAAAACAAGCGGUAGUCGGAUCCAGGGUAUGAAAGACGUGCGGAGGGAGGUGGAAUUAUGCCGGCACGAGGCUUCUCGGGUAUGAAGCGCGUUUUUCGCGCGUAUCAAGCGGUAUAAAAGAGCAGCCAGCCGCGGAUGAGCCCAUGGACUGCCACAAACCACGCACACUGCCUGCGGAAAUCGAGGACGCCAUCAUUGACUUCUGCCACGCCGACCGCGCGACGCUCAAGACAUGCAGCCUCGUCUGCAAAGCAUGGCGGCCCUCGACCCGUUUCCACCUUCUUUUCGCUGUGACUCUGACGCCUCAAAAUGCUGCUCGCUUGGGCGACCUUGCGCGCGCUUCCCCAGAAAUUGUUUUCUUCAUCCGCAUUGUUGAGCUGCGCUUCGCCAACGAGGACCUCUCGGGUCUAGUGCCACUAUUGAACCUCAUGUCCCGGGUCGAGUGUCUGCAGCUGACGCCGCUGCGGGAUCAAGUCAUGCGAGACGCAAGCUCGUUUGCCCUGCAAACUGUGCUGCCGAUCAUGCCACUGCAAAAGCUCGCAUUCGGCUUCAGAUCGAGAUUCGAGUCCUUGCAGCAGGUGGUCGACUCGGCGCGCCGCUGUCCGCAGCUGGAAUCACUAGAAGUUGGCGGGAGCUGGAUGAAGUGGGGCAGCAUUUCGGGACCAGCGCAGCUGCCGGCGACUCUGCGCCGUCUCACGCUGACAUGUGAUUUGGACAACUUUUUGGCGUGGUUCAUAUCGCUUGGGGACACCAUGCCGGAGAUCCAGAAUCUCACGCUGCUGCACAUCACGCGUCGUGAGGUGCCCAGAAUCGUGAGCUAUCUCCGCAAGGCGAGCUCGUUGAAGUCGUUGGUGUUGUCUUUCCGAGACUUCGACGCACCUGCUGUGUUUGCAGCAGACGUGGAUUUCUCUCUGAACAGAGAACUUGAGCAACUGGCGAUUGAAGGUGCAAUACCGGGGCUGCUGGAAUGUUUCGAGAUUCUUCUUCCCCAGUUAUGCGACUCAGAGGCACUCGUGCGAAUCGAACUUACUCUGCGAGUCCGCAAUAUCCUUUUAGCUCGGAACCUUUUCGAUCUGUAUGAAUGGGAAGCCAUGAACAGUCUCCUCAGCGGAACGACGAAGCGUCUGGCCCUUCAUGCUCUCGAGCCGCUCUCUCGCGAGCCGGUUCCAGAAGUGUUGGCUUGCAUACUGGACCA